GUGGACUUUACAUCUCUAGCCUAGCCAUUGCAAAUGAAACGUCAACAAAAAUAAAGGCAAUAAUUAAAAACAAAAAACAAGAAAGUUAAACUUUACUUUUGCGGUCACAAAUGCUGUUAAAAAGGAAUUAAGAAGGUGAUAAGCUUUUAUUGAACAUAAAUCCAACUACGAGAUACGCGCAACCGGUGGGUCGGGACUGACUACAAGUUGAAACCACAAGACAAACACAGCAGUCUUUUUGUUUAAUUGCAUUGCAUAUAUUUUAUUACUGUUGAAUUCUAGACGUGAUCCGUCGUCCGUUGUAAACCGCAUUUCAUUUGCCUACAAAAUGUCGCAGCAACCUGUUGCCUUUCUAACCCGCAAAGAAACCUUUAGUGCAUGUCAUCGUCUACACAGCAAACAUUUAAGUGAUGCUGAAAAUAUAGAAAUAUAUGGUAAAUGCAAUAACCCAAACGGCCAUGGACACAAUUAUACGGUUGAAGUCACUGUGCGUGGACCCAUUGAUGUACGCACUGGCAUGGUUAUGAAUAUUACGGACUUGAAAAUUGCCAUGGAUGGAGUCAUAUUUAAACAACUUGAUCAUAAAAAUCUCGAUAAGGAUGUUGAAUUUUUUAAUAACACACCCAGUACCACGGAAAAUUUGACAGUUUUCAUUUGGGAUAACGUUCGUCAAGCCUUAAAGCGUCCCGAGCUUUUGUAUGAAGUUAAAAUCUAUGAGACCGAUAAAAAUUCUGUUACCUAUCGUGGACCCUAUCUACAAAAUGGUCACAAUAUGAACAAUAAGCGUGCAGGCAAAACGAGUUGCACCAACAUUUCCUCUGAUUCCGAUUAAGCUAAAGGCGUACAAAAACCUUAGAAACUGGUGCGGGAUUUAUUCAUAUAACACUGGAAUUUCGCGAAAGCUUUAAUCUCAGAAUAUAGAUUUCCUCCAUUUUUAUAUUGAACUAUUAUCUAUACAUAUAUUGUUGAUAUUAUAUAUACAUAAAAGUUGCUGAAUAUUUCUCAAUGUCUGCAUGUGAUUUAUUUGUGGUAGAAACAAUUUGUGUAAAAUUAUAUGUAGCAUUUAAUGAUUGUAUACGCGAGUCGGUGACACUAUUUUCAAAACAGUUUAUAUUCCUUUAACCGUAGCUUUUUUUUUUAAAUAAAGAUAUGAGUACUUUAUAGAUCAUGUAAAAUAAAGAA